AAAGCAAAUUCACUACGUGGUUUCAUGAUCCUCUUUUCAGAGACUACCAUGCUACAGCACUUUUGGUUUUACAUUAAGGAAGAUAUCCAGUGGUUUGUGUUGCUCUGUAGCUGACGAAUAUCACUAUUCAUUUGCUGUGUUGAGCAAGAAAAAUGGUUUUGCCUGAAGUCUAGGACAGAGUCCUAAGAAAGGGAAGGGCUCCAAAUAGUAACACUUGUGUUAUCCUUAGCAGUGGUCAUGUGUGUAUAUAGGUUAAAAUAGAGACUUGUGGGAGGGCUGCAGAAAGGUUCUCAGCCAAAAUCAGUUAGAUGAUUUCCGUUGGUAAGAUUCAGUUCUCCACUUCGGUAACUGUCUAAGGCAGGAUAGACUCUGGUAUGGUCAAGUUCCUCAGCAACCAUUUGAAGGGAUUUGGAGUAAGAAAUGUAAAGUCAUUAUGAUAGCUUUCUCUAUUAAUCAAGACCUAUUUUCUCCAGUUCAUUUUAUGAAUGUUAUUUAUGUCAUAAGCCCGCUCCAAGUCACCUUUAAAUCAUUUUUUAUACAUGAAAAAUUCUAGAAUGAUAUUAAAUUCCCCCAAGGAAGUAGUAUCUUUAAAAUGAAAAGCGUCAAACUACAAAGAAAAGUGGUUUCAUUAUUUCAGGAUAAAGCAUGUUCCCCAAGGCUUCAUUCUCAGACCUCUCACUGCCUGGCUUAGUGGUGUGAGCUACAGUUGGCCCCACAGUCCUCCUGCUGAGAUUUUACAUUAGGGCAAGAAAGAGGUUGUUCACCUGUCAUUCAGGAAGGUACAAAAGCAUUGUGGUCAUUUUGAGCUACUUAAAUGCUCAAAAUGAAGUAGUUUUCCCCUAUAAAAACGUUUUUGAAUUUAGAAAAGAAAAUUGUGACAAUUAUAAAGUCCAGUUAUUUAAACCCAGUUGAUCAAUUUCAGGUCUUUGGUAAGUUGGCUUAAGCAUGCAAUCAUGAGAGAUCUAUAAGUGUGUCUCUAAGCCUCAAAACCUCACUGAUUGCAUAAUGGCUUAAUAGCUUAUUUGAUGCUGUAGAAAGUAGGACAUUGGUUUCUGUCCUUAGGCCCUGUGUGACCUGAGACAAGACUAAGUGUACUUAGGCCAAGGCAUAUCUGUAUUUUCAGUCUUGUGUUGCCAUGUUCACAAACGUUUUCAAAUGUUUUAAAAUCAAUAUAGAAAUAUUGAGGCUCACUGACGACAGGGGUCCACAUCUUUAUCAUACUGUUAGUACUAGCCAAAUGCCACAGUUGUUUUUUGUUUGUUUUUUGGUUUUUUUUUCUGAGUGACACUUAGAAGCACAUCUCUAACAAACAAAAUACAGUGGACCGUUUGAAGCAAACUUGUUUCAACUUGAGGAGUUCUUACUGAAAACUCACCUCACUUGCACGUUCUAGUGAGAUGAGGUCCCACUGUUUGUGUCAGAGUCGCAUGCUAGUGAAGUUACUAAGUGAAAUGAUAGUCACUAAAGUCCCUCUUCCCUCGCCUGUCAUGAGGAGUGGGCAGAGAUCACCUAGGAAGCCUGAGAGUAGUACUUAUCACUAGAAACCCUUGCAAGUGGAAUUACUUCAGAGAACAUGGGGCAAUGACUGAUGGGGUUAGUAUCCUACCAUCAAUGUUGCCAAUCUCAGCUGUAUAAGAUCGAAUACCGUGUUAUUUUUAAAGCAUUACAGCGUAGGUAGUGUACCAGCUUUUACAAUGUAUGGUACAUAGAUAGAGGUUUCAUUCUGUAUCAGAUAAAGUAUCUUGGAGGCUGAAAUCAAGGCGGGUCUGCCAAACCUGGUCAAAAGUCCCUUCAUUUAUCCAGGGACUCAUGGAAUCUCUAUGUGUUAAAUGCCGACUAGAUGCAAAGAGUUAUGAACGGGCAGGAAGCACAGACCUGACUUUCAUAGGUUAUAGACAUUAUGUUCAUGUGUGUGUAUGUGUGCAUGAAUGCCACACAGCAUGCACAUGGAGCUGAGAGGACAACUUGAGAGAAUCAAUUCUCUUACUCCACCGUGUGGGGCCCUGGCAUUAAACUCAGAUCAGCAGGCCGCUUCACCAGCCCUAAAUUAGAUCUUUUAGAUUGGGAACAACACACACCAUGAUUAUCUGAUUUAAAAAUUUUCCUUUUACAGAGACCCAAAUGCUAAGACUGGCUCCCCAGGCCAGCUUUCUGUAUUUGUUGCUUAACUUCCCUGUGAAAGUGUGUGUGUGUGUGUGUGUGUGUGUGUGUGUGUGUGUGUGUGUGUGUGUGUGUGUUUAGCUUACCCAAGACAUCAGUUUUCCUUGAACUCCAUAGGGCUCCUCAGGGGAGCACAGCAUAGCUAGAUUUUAAUCCCUUAGAACAGUGACUUCAGCUGUGAAAGUUUUAGCUAAGAUUUUAAUGACCAGGUUUAACAGAUAGACCAGCAGGUGUCCCAAUUACACUCUCCAUUAAAAGGCUUUUGGUGAGGAUUUAAAUGUUAUUAUUAAAACCUUCGUCUGUACUGCACUGCACCUUGUCAUUCAGCUGCGGGGAAGAUUUCAAUGUCCCAAGAAAAAAAAUUCAUAUAAAAAGGAAGCCAGGAGAACAGAAACAUCGCAGCACUCAACUCACCAAAGAAGCUUGAUAUCUCUGGCUUCCACUUCCCAACAGGUAAAAUUCUUUGUACUUCUACCACUAUUUUUAAUGCUGCUUGUUACUGUAUGUCGAAAGGGGAUUUUGCACUCAAGGGUCAAGCCUAGAUGUGAUGGUAUCCAAGGAAGCCUUGCCCUUCACUGACUGACCUUAUCAACCAUCAGCCUUGGGGGGAGAUCCAACCUUGGAGGAGCCCAGCAGCUCAUGGCCCAGUGUUGGACAUUGAUUUUAGCUUCAUCCUCAUCAGAUGAAAUUAAUUUGGAGGCACAUUUUUAUCAACUAACUCUAGGCUUACUUGGCAAGGGGGCCAUUCGAGCUAGGUGUCUCCACCCAGAUCAGUAUAGAGUUCUCUCUCAGUCUUGAAGCUGGUCCGACCAGCUGUAAUGGUAGGUAAUACCAUCUUAAAGACUAGAUGGCAGACAGGAACAUGCCAGCAGUGCCACAGGGCAGCCAUUUAAAGUCAAGCAACCUCUUAUUAACCGGAGACCUCUAGGAGGAGCUGCUUUUUCAGAGCUGAUGGCCCAGUUCUAACUUCAUGAAUGACGAAGUUGAGAACUGCUUGUAAGGGGGAGGGUACAGGCAAAGUGAAUUUGGUAAGGGAUGAAUUAUGGGUGUCAGGUAACCAAAGAAAUAAAAAUAAAAAUGGGUUACGUUGCCACAAAAAAAAAAAAAAAAAGUGCUGAAGAUGCCAGAAUCAAGUACGGGUGCUUGUCCCCAAUGUCUAAGAUGCUCAAGACAGGCAUCUAAGAUGCCCCAGUGUUUCACUGUCUGCAUGAAAUGCAUCCCAGUGCACGACUCCCUCUGCUGCUUCUGCAGGGUCAGUGGUACAGACGCUGGUCUCUCUGUGAUGCACUCUUUAUUUUCACUCCCUUCAGUCUGGGUCUGUCGUGAUGGUGUCUUGAUGUCCCUUAGAGUGGAGAUGAUCCCCAAGCUGACGGCUGCUGUUCUUCUGCUGAGCCUGUGUUUGGAAGGCUGCUCCAGCCAGCACUGGUCCUAUGGAUUGCGCCCUGGAGGAAAGAGAAAUGCUGAACACUUGGUUGAUUCUUUCCAAGAGAUGGGUGAGGACGUGGAUCAGCUGGCAGAACCCCAGCACUUCAAAUGCACGGUCCACUGGCCCCGUUCGCCCCUCAGGGACCUGCGAGGAGCUCUGGAGAGUCUGAUUGAAGAGGAAAGCAGGCAGAAGAAGAUGUAAAUGCAUUGGCCCCGAAGGAUCCACAACAUCCAAGUAUGACAGGGACAUUGAAAUUUGUAGCUGUGUGGCUUUCGGCAUUUGUAUACCCAGCAGCAUGGAUUUCAUAAUAAAGUGAUGUGUUGUGGGUCAAGUAC